CACUGAUGAUCAGUGUCCCCUGAUGAUCUGUGUAGCCCCAGCAGUGCCACUUGUCAGUGUCCAUUAGUGCCAGCUGUCAGUGCUCAUCCAUGCCACCUGCCAGAGCCCAUCAGUGCCACAUCAAUGCCACAUAUCAGUGCCUACCAGUGCACAUCAAUGCCACAUAUCAGUGCCCAUCUGAGCUGCCUUUCAGUGUCACCCAUCAGUGCCAGUCAGUGCCACCUAUCAAUGCCAGUCAGUGCCACCUAUCAGUGCUGCCAAUCAGUGCCACCUAUCAUCAGUGCUGCCUAUGAGUGUGCAUCAGUGCUGCCUAUCAGUGCCCAUCAGUGCUGCCUAUCAAUGCCACCUAACAGUGCCAGUCAGUGCCACUUAUCAGUGCCAGUCAGUGCC